CUUCCCUUGAGUGGAAAAAGUAAGGUUUCUCAUUCACUGGCUAGUCUUAGAUUUUCACGAUCAUGACCGACUCAACAAUUUCCGGCGGAAAAUCGCAUUUUGUGUGCCGACGGCUUCUCGCUGUUGUGACAGUAUUGUGUGCCUUGGGAGGAGUUGUGUAUGUAACCGGAAUUGGUAAACAGAUUCAUGAAGCUAUAAAUCAUUUGAUUGUCCCACAACAAAAAACCCCGUUGAAAAGAAGAAGGUAAGAGAAGGCCAAAAUACAAACACAUUCUCGUGCUUUGGUUUAAUUUUGAUAAAUGAUAUGUGUACAAAGCCUAUUUAGAAAACAGUUGAUCUCGAUGAGGGCGGGAAAAUCGACAGGAUAUCUCGGUACUGGCGGAUUUUGCUAGGAUUUAACUUCUCCCGCAUUCAGCGUUCGUUUUUCUUGGUUUUUAGCAAUUGCAGAGACCUUCAAAAUCCCCAUCGUUUGAUUUGUUUUGGCGUUGUUAUUUUCUGUAAACAAGUCAUUUCUUUAGUCAAAUGUUUGAGUUUUGUCAAGCCGAAAAACGUUGACAAGUUCAUUAUCGACUUGUUUGCUCGACGUUUUGCUCUCAGAAGGCCUUUUCCAAAAUCUGGUUGAAAAGAAAUCAGACAGUACUUCAGGUACUUAAAGAGGAUAAAAAGCAUUUCAAAAUGCUCUUUCCUGCAUGACCAACAACAAAAACAGGGUGUGGAUCAUGUCCACGAAACUUGAAACGGCCAGCUUUGCCUCAAUAGUUAAUUAUCUCGACGUCGCACAGGAUGCACCUGUACCAUGUAGACAAAGAACCGGUCAUCGUGAUUCCCCUAAUAAGGCUUCAUACUAUUUUUAUGAUCGCCUCUCAUUGGCAGUUGAUUGGCAGACAAUUUUCUGUAUUUCCUUCCACCCUGUUCAUACUCUGUUGGCGACGACUGAUCGCCUCUUCGUAUCGCUUGAAAACCAUUUCAUCUCCCCAAAAUCAACUGAUCCCCAGCCCCUCAGGCGAUGGACAAUGACUGGUCUUUUAUGUAUUUUUUAUGAUAGAAAUAUUUAGCCUCAGGGGUGGUCUACCUCGCAUGCAAUCAAUGACUCUCAAAUAUCUUUCUUCUGGCUAAACCUGUUGUGAUGUUUUCUUCUUUUGAUCCUUUAUUCAAACAAAUUCACUCGUGAAUACUGCUGUUGAUUAAAAUCUGAAUUUCAACGGUAUAAUAUUCGUUUGAUGAAGUUGCUACAUGGAAUUUGAUUGCACAUGAUUUUGUUUGUGACUCAAAAUGAAAAUAACUAAUUAUUUACUCAGUGGGAAGUCCGUAUAGAAAAACUAUGUCCGUGGUCUCAAGUACGUCCUCGAGCCAGGAGCACAAUUUUUCUGAAACGGAUUGUUUCAGACCAGUGAAAAUAGUGGAUUGAAGAUUCUGGUCAGCCGAGACACUUAUGUGCGUACUAGAAACACUCUGCAAUGACAUUACUGUGGUCACAACAAAAUAUUUCACGCUUCAAUGGUCGGAAAUCUUGUGCCACGCUUUGCUAGUGAUACUUAAUUGCUUAUAUUCCAUUUUGAUUGGAAAUCAAAGAGGCUAAAUUACUUUGGAUUUCAUGUCUGUUCUGACUAUGCCUUCAUUCUUUAAAUUAGCAAAUCACAAACGUUAACUCAAGGAAAAAAAUUGUUAUCCCUAAACUAAGCCGAUCUAAAUCUGGUUCUUUCACUUUUCUUUCCACCCGACUAUCCCGAACAGUGCAAAGACGAUCGGGGCCGGGUUGUUCAAAGCUAGGUUAAGAUAACCCAGGGUUAGUGUGAAAUCUAAUUUCAGAUCUGACAGUUUUAAAAGAAAAUUCAGUCGAAUUCUUUUUGUCUGUAAUGUGAUUAUUUGAUGCUCUAUAAAUAACACGGAAAACUAUCCCGACGAGGCAUUUGAAUAAAGGAAUAAAGAAAAUCUAGAUUAAAAUUUAACCUUGGGUUAGCACUAAUCAACCUUCGAACAACUGAGCCCAGAAUGAUUUGAAAGGUGUUCUGUCUACGAUCGCCCCAAUUUCGCGAAAAUUGAACGGAACCCAGGCAUAAGAUCAAAAUAAGCGAUUCGCUUGAACACAUUAUUCAGGUUCGGUUCAACUUACGAAAAAAUAAUAAAAAACAUUUCUAUUUUAGUCCACCUCUUGCCCCACCUUCCGAACCCCUGGAGUUCAAAACUGCUGCCGUGUCAGCAGAUUACAAGAAGUGCUCAGAGUACGGCGCAGACAUUUUACGAGUUCAAAAUGGAAAUGCCGUGGACGCCGCCAUUGCAACUGCGCUGUGUGUGGGUGUGGUGAACGCCCAUUCAGCGGGUAUUGGAGGUGGAGGAUUCAUGAUUAUUUAUGACAAGAAAAGUGGUGAGUCUCCAACUCAUUUAAAUGCACCAUCAGCUGUGUAGCAUUUGUAUUUAUACAUAUCGCGCGAAUUAAACAAGUGUUACACCUUGCAAUGACAUUACGGUGGUCACAACAAAGUAUGUCACGCUUCGAUGAUCGGAAAUUUUGUGCUACCCUUAUGUUGUGAUACUUAACUGCUUAAAUGCCAUUGUGUUCGGAAAUAAAAGAGGCAUUAAGAGAAUUAAUUUAUAUUUUAUGUCUGCCUCUGAAUAUAGAUUCACCCUUUAAAUCAACGAAUCAUAAACGUUAUUUUCUCACCUAAGAUUCAAUCAGUUCAGUUUAAAUAAUUAUAACUAUCAUUACUAAUAUGAAUAUUACAGAUUAAAUCGGUUAGACUGCAACUAAUUGACUUUUCCUUUUAAAUAAGGAAUAUCUCAAUUCCUCGCCUGAAUCAAUUUAACUUAGAGUUCUUUUUUUUUCAAACAAUACCUUUUUCACUUUUGGAAAAUCGAAAAAAAAAAAUAGACGAAUCAGUUUGAUAAUCAUCUACAAGUUUAAAAAUUUCAAUCCAAAAGGCAAUGAAAUGAAAUGAUGAUGCUCGUUAGAUUGUAUUUGUUGCUGAUACAAAUUGCAUGAUACUUGUUUUUAAAAAACAACUAAGAGAGCAUUACGGUAUACACUUGUCUAAUGUCGAAAGAUUUUGAAUUGUUUUUAUUUGCGCAAAAAACGGGCAAAGGUUUAUGAUGAAGGGUAAAUAUAUUCAUUGCAAGCACUCGUGGCUGCUGCUGGCUAAAGCAACAUUGCUGUGGUCAAUGCUGAUGUCAGGUAUACUUCACAUUUUUCAAUGGGAGAGUGAGGCCUCUCUCCCAUCCCUCUUCCCAAGCUACAUACAAUAUACCCCGGGUAACAAGUUGGGCGCCGUAAAGACUUUCUAGAGCUUACGUUUCGAAAUUUGACCCUUCGUCAGAGCGAAAGAUGGAGCCAUUACCCCCUAUUCCAAGGGUAAUUUCUCCGUAGUUUUUCCUGAAGCAUCCAGAAUGUGAGUGGUCCAGGAGGAUUUAGAAAUAACAGAUCCUUAAUUGUGAAUUACUCCUCACGUGAAAAUUUCACGAGGGGUCUCUUUCUGUUGACAACAUGCUAAAAAAGAAAAACGCCAUAGCAUCCUAAAUUUUCUCCUGGAAGACUAUAUAUUUCAAGGCUAAGAUUUUGAAAGAACUCAGUUUGACACUAGGCCAAUAUGACAGAUUCAGGCCUUUUACUUGUUUUCCCCGCAGCAUAAUAUAACCUGAACACUAAGUUACUUGUCUGAUAAUUUCAGGAAAGACAAGGUCGAUCAAUUUUAGAGAAACGGUUGCAGCCCUUGAAAAAGCCGAUACCAUGAGAGACCUGCAACAUUUAAUGUUUGAAUGGAAAGAAAGAGGUGAGACCAAUUCGAAAACGCAAUGAUGUCAUAUUGAUAUUCAUGGCAUGUGUCUUUCACAAGUUUUUUCCUCGAUAUUCAUUUCAACAUUGCGAGCUUUUUCCCUUUGGGAGAGUCUCCGGAUAGAGAAGUCCAACUCGAAGAUUAGUCGUGUCAAGUUUUAUGCUCCUAAGCGACUUGCGUUCCUGUCUUUGUGCCUCUCUCCACCCAGUAGUAUAAAUGGGUUACAAGUGACAUGUUUUCUUACAUGUUUUGUGUUUUUAUCCCUUUUAAUACCGUCGUAAACGAUUGAUUUCUUCUCUCCCACAAACCGUUUCUCGCUCUCACAAUUCUCGCACGUGGUCAAGUCCAUAAAUGGAAGUAACUUAUGCAUGGUCCUCCCCACAAGGGAGGGGUGAGCUGAAAACUCUCGCACAAUGAGGAAUCCCUCUGGGAGAUUUGAAAUGCUAAGGGGAGGGGGGGGGGGCGGACCAGUAGAGUCAGCAUCCCAUCCAGAAGGCGUGAAAUCAAGAGAAGAUCCGGUGUUACGCGAGUCUUCUCCUUCUUUUUUUUUUCUUUCUUUGUUUUAUUUUAUUUCGUAAUGUUUUACGAUAACGCUAUGACACAGUUGUGAUUUAAAUUUCCUAAAAGAGAUCAAAACGAGAAACCCUGGGGAAGGAGAAUUCAUCGGUAUACCUGGAGAAUUACGAGGGUUUGAGAUGGCGUGGAAAAAGUAUGGCCGACUUCCCUGGAAAGAUCUCUUUCGACCUGCAAUUGAGAUUGCUACCAAUGGUUUUCCGGCGACUCCUGCCAUUUUAGCCGCUGUUGAAAAGAACGCACCAAACGUGUCAAGUGAUCCAGGAUUAAGGUGGGUACUAUCAUCUUAUAUGACUCGGUUUGUAAAAGAACCACUGUCUUUUAAUUGUGGAAAGCGAAAAGAAAAUUUCAAGGAAGUAUAGGUAAAUAGUAUGGGACAGUGAUGAAUCAAUAAAAACCACGAUAUUUAAGGAUUUUAACUUUCAUGUCUAAUAUUUACUCGGUCAUACGAUUCAUAAACAUCAUAAAAUUACGUUUUAUUUUUGAGUUCCAACUUUACUGUCUUACUAAAAAUGCUAGAAACGUUUUUUGAAGGAUUAUGUGGCCUCUCUUGAAUCCGAGCUAUAUGGUAAACAUUCCAAAUAAAAACAAUUGCAUCUAUUUUGUUUUGCGUAUUGUUACCAUCUAAUAGAGUCUAGAGUGCACCAUUCUCUUUCCCUCCAAACUUAAAAGGUUCUUCAUAUAGGUUAUUAAUCCCUGAAUACUAAAAUACGACUUCUAGUUGCUUGCACUUCCUUCUGAACUCGAGAAAGAGGUUUUUUGUUAUUUUAAAUCACGUUUACACCCUAAAGCUGAUUAUUAUGUCUUAAUCUAAGAAGGCUUCUUUCAGGAAUUCUGCAAUCUGAUUGGCUGCGCUAGUUCGCUAUCUAUUUCGUCAUAGACAGUGAGUAAGCUGAGUAGCUUAAAUGAAGUAAAAAGACUAUUGUCGGUAUAAGUCACUGCCGUUUCUUCAACCUUAGCGAGGUCAUCAUUGUAGUCAAGUUGACUUGAAUUGACCCUGAUAACAACUUCCUCUCAGGUUGCCGAAACCUCAGUCACUACUACCAUCAAAAGGUAUUCUCAGAACUGCUCUGAUCCGGAUGAUCAAGAUUAACUUGUUUAUUCUAAGUAAUCUGUUGCUUAAAUACUUAUCAAUAAUGUAUGGGGACGUUUUUUGUAUAUUGAUGGAGCAAUGUACCUACGUACAUCCCUUCUUGAUAUAAUUCCCUGUCAACUUUACAUCAUUCCAUUUUCCUUGCAGUGAGUUAUUCAAGCCAAACGGUCAAUUUGUUAAGGAAGGCGACGUUAUAAAGCGAACAAAAUAUGGGAAAACUUUAAAGAAGAUAGCUGAAGGCGGUGCUGAUGUUUUCUAUCGAGGAAAAAUGGCGAAACAGGUAAAAUAAUGUCAAGAUUUAAGUCUUCUCUAUUAUGAAGACUGCAAAAAAUAAGCCUUUGUUUUCGCAAUUUAAGCUUUGCGACGAGUUUAUCUUAUUUGAGCAUGCAUCUGUUCAGUAAGUCUAUGUUUGGUAUAGUUGCACGACGCAUUCUCUCACCCAGAGCGUGUUUCAUGAUAAGAAUAAACAUCAAAAAGUAUGCGAAAGGAUGUUACAGCUAUAACGACUGAAUUAUGGACAACGAAACUGAUAGUGACAGCGCAAUCACGAAGAUGGUCAUAUGUAUCAAUGGUGGUAAUGGUUGUAUACAGCACGGCAUGUAGGAGGCAACGGUUUGACUAAGCUAAGGAACGAUAGCGAUAUCAAAAUAACGAAAAAUGGUAACGAUAACAUCAACGACAAAAAUAACGAUAAGGUAAUAAGUGUUAUGAAAUGAAAAUUAGGUUACUAAAAAACAGCUGAUUGAUAAAGAAAAGAUAAAACAGCGACGACAGAACAAAGUAGAUAAAAUGAAUUGAAACAUUUCUUACUUUCCCAUCAUGAAACUUCCUGAUAUCUUUAACCUUUUAGCUAGAGCAAACUAUUUGUUAAAACUCACAGAUUGUUAAAGAUCUCAGAUCUGCUGGCUCCAAGAUAUCCUUAAAAGAUUUAAAAAAUUAUGAAGCAUCUGAACUCAAAGCAUUGGAGACAGACCUUCCAGGAGUGAAGGGAUACAAAAUUCUGACCGUCCCACCUCCUGCAGGGGGAGUAGCCUUAAUUGACAUCCUGAACAUUUUGAAGGGUGAGUCAACUCAGACCAUUUCGACUCUGUUACGAAAUAAGAUUCAACCAAGAUCUCCUUUUUCUAUCAUAGAAAAAUAUGGUCUGAAAGACUAUGUAGAUCACCUUUGCAAAUAGGAACAUAUAAAACUGCUGUGACUACGUACUUUUACAACAAACACGAAUGACGGAUUUGAAAGGAUGUGAUUACUCUUUCUCUCUUCUCAGCCUUGAAUAGAACUAACAAGAAACAAAUGCUCAAUUUUCAAAUUGUUUCCCGAAAGAGUGCAAAGUAAAGAUUAGAAAUUAAAUUCUUUCCGUCUGCCUGAGAAAGUGGUUCUUAACCCCCUAGCUCCUAUAAUUGAAUAGCAUCUGGUUUCUCCUUACAGUGUCACCCUUGAAUCAAAUGUAAAGGUCAUGACGACGAAGAAAAUAAUGAUCACCAACUUUAGAAGCUUUAGAUUGUCAGUCAAGUUCUCAUUUUCAAUACCACAGAAUAUGUAAAGAGUAUGCAAUAUGUAAGAAUUGAUCGUUAUACCAAGCUGAAAAGCUCCCUCGAAGAUUUUCGACAGUAAUGCGGCUAGUUUAAUAUUUUCUCGUUUAAAAAGGUUACAAUUUUGGACCAGAAGACAUGAAAAAACACCCCGUCCGGACAUAUCACCGAAUGAUUGAAGCAUUCAAUUUUGUAGCCGCAAGGGAAACGUAUCUCACAGAUCCUGCAUUCGACGAUAAAGUAGACGAGGUAACCCUUAAGCAAGUCUUAAAUCUAGCGGCAAUUAUGUUUUUUUUUUAUUAACUUGUGUGAUUGGACGAUGUUUUAGAGUUCACUCGCUUACUAUCUUCCCAGAACUGGAAUGUCUUCGAUAUUACGAUCCUGUACUCAUCUUCUUUUAUAGAUCGUUCGCCAAAUGCUGGAUCCUGAAGAAGGAGAAAAACUACGGCAAAAAAUAGAUGACACGACCCACUCAUAUGAUUAUUAUGGACCUAUUAACUAUCAUAUUGACGUGACAGAUGGUACAACUCACUUGUCUGUACUGGAUGAAGAAGGAAAUGCUGUUUCCAUAACGACAUCAAUUAAUAAAUAGUAAGCAGAAUAUAAUUGAUUAUAGAAACAGUCGGAUAACCUUUUCAGUUUCACAAUGGCGUCUUGAGUAGCCUUUUAAAGUGAGCCACAAAAAUUAAGGUGGUUGAGAACACUGAAUCCUAUCAUUAGAUAACUAGAUUCCUUUUAGAAAAACGGAGAGUAAUAAGCAACACCGUAAUCAUCAGUACGAAUAAUUAUAUUAUUAUAGUAAUGGUGACCAUUUUUUUUAGCAUCUUUAUCAUAAUCAUCAUUGAUUUAUUAUCAUAAUUAUCAUGGAUUUAUUAUCAUAAUUAUCACCACCUCUUUUGCUCUUCUUGCCACCAUUAUCAUUAUCGUCCUCGCCAUUAUCAUUACAACACUAAAGCAUACUUUUUUUGAGUAACUCUAUGAACAUCUAAUUUAGGAAACACUAUUUGGUUCUUCUACAGUUUCGGAGCAAAACUGCGCAGCUUGGAACUCGGAAUCAUUUACAAUGAUCAGUUGUGGGAUGCUAUAAACUUGUAUGUUAACGAAUUCAAUUUGAAAGCGGACUCUCUGAGACCUCGUAAAAGACCGAUGUCUCUUGCUUCUCCGUCCAUCAUUCUAGAUGGGAAAGGGAAUGUUAGGAUGGUUAUCGGAGCCGCUGGAGGAAAAUACAUCGCAACUGCGUUAUCACAGGUCAGUAAUUGUUGAUGCUCAUUCGGAAUGUAUUUUCCUCUAGGAUGUUCACUUAGAGGCGAGGUCACAAUACUCAAGGGGGGAGUCACCUUUCCUUACUAUGUGAGCUAACAGAGAAGCCGUGCGCAUGAAUAAAAUGGCCUCGCAAUUGAGCUUAUCCUUUAUUCUACAGUAAAAGCCAACCUCAAAGUAUGGCCCGAUUUGAGAAAAGAUGCGAGGUGCUGCUAUCUUGUUAAGACAUAGUAAAACAGCCAGGGAGACCGACCAGGGACAGGAGCACAAAAAAUUUUCGCACCAUUUCUUCAUCUUCGUGCGCCUACGAAAAAUGUGCCUCGAGGAGACAAUUAAAAAGGGAAAAUACGGAAGCAUACCUCGCCCGAACAAUCGCGGGGCAUGCACAGAAACCUUUUUAGCGCCGUCUUGUAUGCGCAUAUCCUUUAUCUCCGUAGGUACUUAUGAACUACUUCUGGUUUGGCGACAGUUUAAAGGAUGCUGUAUCCAAGCCACGUCUUCACAGUCAAUUAUUCCCAAGCAUUAUCUUAGUUGAACCAAAUUUUCCAGAAAAGUACAUCGAAGGAUUAAAGCGGUAUGGACACAAGCGAAUCACAAAUGAUACAACCUUAUUCACAGGUGAUUAUGGUUUCAUUAAGAAUUUUGAGGUAAAGUCUGUACUCUGGAUCCGGAGUCUAUCCUCCUAACAAUUAUGCCACCGUUUUUCCCAAAUUUUAGUAAUCUAAGUCCACUUUCAAUUUAAUGGAACUAGUUGGUCGAACAGUUCCGUUAGUGGGAACGUUCAGCUCAAAGUUACGAUUUAAGUGAAGCGUUAGUUCUGUUUCUCUUUCAGGAACACCAUUACAGAUCAUGGGCGUGGUUCAACUUGUUGUACGAAAGGAUGACGGAGAGCUUCUAGCACUAGCAGAUUAUCGCAAGGGUGGAGUCGCGGCUGGCUACCGCUGACCAAUCAAAAGACUGAAGGUAAAAUACGCAGUAAGAAGAAAUACUUCGGUUAUUUUCUGUGAUCGUUUAAAUAAAGCUGUGUCCAAAAGUCUAUUCUGUUUUCGCGCUGCGCCUUGGUAAAGGAACAUUCCACCAAAACUGCAGUGAUACUACGACCAGUAAUCUUUCUAUAACCACUCACUUAUUUGCCGCUGAACCAGUCUGGUUGAUUACAGGCAUUUAAGGAAAAAUCUUAACCAAACUACGGAUUGUGAGAGAUUCUGCACUCAACCUGAGGGAAUCGCACAGUUGAGAAGGUCUCAAUAAAGUUAACAGUAAGCUAUAAAGCGGCCGAAAAUUUAUUUUAUUUAAAAGGCGUAAAAAUUGAAAAAUUUUAACCGUUAGUCGUAAAGAAAAGAGUCAAUCUUAAAAAUCAUUUGUUUCAUUUCUACAGAUCCUGCAUCGCAGUGAAAAUUUAAAUCGCUAGGAACUGGCUCGAGGCAGCCCAAGGCUCGCCAAGAUCUGAGCCCGUUUCAAACCGAGGCCGAAUAUUCAGGCCUUUAAUUGAAUUUUUUCUAAUGCUAUGGAAUCAUGUGACUGUACGCUUUUCAGACAGCUUGCUUUGGGGUUGUCAAAUAUACAUUUGUGUUACUGACUGCUUUUAAGAGAACC